AUACUGCCGACGCAAGUCAGCCCCCCCCCCCUCAACAGCAGGCAUGCGAUGAAGCUCGCAGCUCGGCAUGGCCAUCCUAGAGAGCCUGCGAAAGCGUACCAUCGGACAGCCUGCAGAGCCCGACGGCGAGCCACCCUCGAGCAGCGAUAGCGAGUUUGCACCUCGUCUGCCCACUGCUAGAGGAGCACCUGCAAGCAAGCUCUCACCAUGGCAGAAGACCGCUACCUCUCAAAGGCCUGGCGUACCGGCCAUAGGAGCAGACAGACUGCUCUUUGUCCUGACAGCUCUGUCUAUCGUGCCCGGCUCGUUCGGCACGCUGUGGUGUCUGCGACAGGCAUGGCAGGACCCUCGGAUGCUCAGACUAGCCCAUCCAGAUGCAGUCGGCGGCUUUCGUCAGGCCAGCGCGCUCAGAGCGGACUACGUACUCGGCGCGAUAUGGGCAGCCGCUUCUGCCGUCUGGUGCUACAGGAUGACCUACGGUCUGCUCAGACGGUGGCUCAUAUAUUAUGAUCUCCUGCCUGCCAUGCUACGCUUGACGUCCUUCCAGGUCAUCUGCUGGCCCCUGACGCGCUUCACGAUCGGAUUUGUCUCGUUGGACCAACCCAUCCUUGGAUGGAUGAUCUGUGCCUAUUCAGCCGCCAUCUCAAGCACCGUCGUAGUCUGGCUGACUUCCAAUCUUGCGUCCUCUGCCCCCGACGCCAAGAGUGCGCGCAAUGGGAAGACGAAACAGCGAGGUGUCGCCUCCUGGGCGACCGGCAUAACCGCGCGGGCAAAGACAAGCACGCGGACAAGCAGACCUGGCCGACGGCUGCAAUUCGAUCUCGUUAUGCAGAAGACGGUGCUGCCCUUGUUUGCGCUGACGAUGCUGACUGUGAUUCAUCUGCUGUGGCAAGGCUGGUCAAGACAAGCUAAUCUACCGGCCUCACAAAGCACACUUAUGACUGCGCAAGAAGGAACCGCUCUGUCCUUUGCAGCGACCAAUGCGAGCAUACCGAUUCCUGAAGCGGCUGUACGGGUGCUCGUCGUUGUCACAUCGUCUUGGCUUGCAAAGUCGAUAGCAGUCAGGCAGACUUUUCGUCGAUCGUCUGCGCUACUGAUCCCACCAGCGUCCCCUUCUGUCAGCAUCACAUAUCGUUUUGUGCUCGGCGAAGCGCCCAUAUCGCUUACUGAAUCGGCUCUGGCGAGCGUUCGCGCGGAAGCAAGUUUGCACGAUGAUGUUAUAUUCCUGCCUUGCUCGGACGGCUACAAUGAUCUCAGUCAGAAAACGUUCGAGUCGCUGCGUUGGUCCCAUGGACACGUAUUUGACUUUCUCGUCAAGACUGACGAUGACAUGUUCGUUCGGUUUGACACGCUCGCCGAGGAGCUUGCUGCGAUCGGCCCGCGUAAGCUCUAUUGGCGCGGCUUAGGCUACUGGGAUAUACCACCGAUACGAGACCCAUCCAACAAGAACGCGGCAUUUGAUUACGAUUUGCCCCUUUUCCCGCCUUUCACAGCGGGCGCGCUCUACAUCCUGUCCCGCGACGUUGUGGCGCUCGUUGCCGCGCCAAAGGGGCCUCGACGCUUCACACGCAACGAAGACCAAUCUCUAGGAGUCUGGCUACAUCCAUUCGGCAUCAAACCUAUCCACGAUCAUCGCAUUCAGCAGGCCCAAGUGUGCGAGAACGACAUGAUCGCCAAGCAUUUCUCAUCGCAUUAUGCCGAGCCUGGUAACACCACCGCGCUAGACAUGUACGCCAAUGUACAAGCAGGCCGACCACUUUGUCAAGGUUUUCUACAGUCUUGGUGCGGCAUUUGCUACGCCAGCUGUCGGGGACGUAAGAAUCACUGGCGCGAUUGGGGCUUCGAAUGCGACGAAUUCAAAGGGAUCACUCUGCUGAAUAAUCCAGCCAAGCAGGCGAUCGCUUCGAAGCCUGAGGAACUUAUGCGAGUGGCUCCGGCAGAUUUAGGGGCAAUGGGCACCCCCAAUGAUCCUUGGAUUCUUCCUGGUCUGCUGACCCACCAUAGUUCGACACUUUCAGAGACCGAAGAUUGGCAUCUGCUGACAAUGCUUUGCUGGACGACGCCACCUGCUACAUUCCAAGAGAGACACUACCAGGCUAUAGAGACAAUCUGGGUUCACGAGCCCCGGGCGGUCAUUUGCAUGCUGUCGACUUCACUGCCCGACGAUUUCUUCCACUCAUACACGCAAGCAGGAUACGCCAUUCAUAUCAUACCCAUCUCAGCCCAACUAUUGCUCGCACAAGAAUGGUAUCUCGGGCCAGAGUCCCGACAAUGGCUUGAGAGCUGGGAUCGUUGGUCGACCGGACGAUUCUUCUAUUCGCAUCUGACCGACUUUCUACGCUUCUCGUUCCUGCAUCGAUACGGUGGUACCUAUCUCGAUAUGGAUGCGCCUAUCGUGCGCGCUCCGCCUGAUCCUGCAAUGGAAUUCAUCGGCGCGGAUUACUCGACUGAGGCGGAAGACCUUUCCUGGACGUUGGACGAGGACAGGAUGUAUCUUGCACCAGGCGUCAUGCGCUUCAGGAGGGGUUGGACGAUGUUCAGAGAGAUCUCUGAGCAUGCAUUCUCAGGCAUCUACUCGCCCGAAUGUUUCAAUUGCGUGGGACCUCGUGCAAUCACGAGCUACAUCAAACCUCGCAGACGACAGUACGAGCUCGGCGGGCUCACGAUCUUGCCGAGCAAUAUCCUGUAUCCCAAGAAUUGGGUUCACGCGCGAGAGCUGGUCGAGGUACGGGAUAGAUAUGUGGCAGAGCUGGAGUUGCGGGAGAUCUCAAGGGAAAGCUGGUCGAUACAUCUCUUUGGCAAGAUGACCAAUCAUCUCAAGAUUCAUUCGAAUAGCACGAUAGGCGUCGCGCUGGCCGCAUACGCUCUCGACAUCCCCAGACCCGCCUCGCGCUUAUCGACUGCAUCUGACGAGCUCGGCAUGGCUAUUGCUGCAAGCCCGCUGAAGCUUGUGUACCCCAUGCAAUACACCUAUCGAUCUCGUCUGGUCCUCGCACGAUCAGGUCAUAGGCUGGCCAUCUGGUCGGGCUCGAGUGAUGGAGCCUUCGAUGGGGAGGACAAGAUCUUUCUGCGCGGCGGCUUGUUGCCGCGCGUCGAUACAGCCGAAGUGACAGUACUAACGCGAUACGGCAAAGUCAGUCUCAGUGGUGCAACGACCGGUCUCCGAGCAUCUGCAGACGGCGACUCGGGCCUGUAUGAUGCUCAGCAGGGAGGCAGUCAGCACAUCCGACUGAUGCUCAGAGACGCCACACUCCGAGACGUCAAUGUGUUGCUUGGCUCCGUGAUCUACCUGCCACCACGACAGAAGACAGCGCAGGACGAUCUGCUCGUAUCUGUCAUCUUUGGCGAAGAGAGCGUGGCAGCGAACGUACAGGUGUCAUUAGAGCUACAACAGUAGAUGCAUAUUACGCGCUGGACAAGCUCUGAAUGACUUGUAUCGCCUGCUCGGCUCUUGCAGUCGUCUCGACGGCCACCUGUGAGCCACAUGAGCAUGCUCAGCUCAAUCUGGCUCGGAUUUGGGCUCACGGCGUCAAAUUUGGCAUCUGCUAUGGCUACCGUGAGCCGAUGUUCUUGCAGCGUACGUUCUCUGUCAGGUAGGGACUCUGUAUAGAAUCUCAGCUUGUCACAUAGACUAUAUGUACGACGCACGGAUUGGCUCGACUGCGGGC